CCUGGUAGUCACUUCCACCCCAUGGAAGCAAGUAACAAUACACAAAUUUCAGGAUUUCUUCUUCUGGGACUUUCAAAGGAGCCCAAACUACAGCCCUUCAUAUUCGGGCUUUUCCUCUCCAUGUACCUGGUCACUGUGUUUGGAAACCUGCUCAUCAUCCUGGCCAUCAGCUCAGACCACCACCUGCACACCCCCAUGUACUUCUUCCUCUCCAACCUGUCCUUUGUGGACAUCUGCUUCACCUCCACCACCAUCCCAAAGAUGCUGUGGAAUAUCCAGACCCAGAGUAAAGUAAUCACGUAUGAAGGCUGUAUCACCCAGAUGUACUUUUAUAUUCUCUUUGCAGGAUUAGAUGACAUUCUCCUGACUGUGAUGGCCUAUGAUCGGUACGUGGCCAUCUGCCACCCCCUACGCUACAUGGUCAUCAUGAGUUCCCAGCUCUGUGGAUCGCUGGUUCUAAUAUCCUGGUUAAUAAGUGUCCUGUAUUCCUUGCUACACAGUUUAAUGGUGUUGCGAUUGUCCUUCUGCCCCAUUGUGAAAAUCCCCCAAUUUUUCUGUGAACUCAAUCAGAUGGUACAACUUGCCAGUUCUGAUAACUUUCUUAAUAACAUAGUGAUGUAUUUUGCAGCUGUACUGAUGGGUGCUGGUCCUUUUUCUGGUAUCCUUUACUCUUACUCUAAAAUAGUUUCCUGCAUAUGUAAGAUUUCAUCAGCUCAAGGGAAAUAUAAAGCAUUUUCUACCUGUGUGUCCCACCUCUCUGUUGUCUCCCUAUUUUAUUUUACAGCCUUGGGAGUUUACCUUAGCUCUACUGCUACCCACAGCUCACAUUCAAGUACAAUUGCCUCGGUGAUGUACACUGUGGUCACACCCAUGCUGAAUCCCUUCAUCUACAGUCUGAGGAACAAAGAUAUAAAGGGGGCUCUGAAGAGUUUAUAUUUGAUGCCAAGUAUAAAAGACCUAUUAUACUAG